AUGGAAUCCUAUGACCUAGUGAUCGUUGGCGCAGGUAUCAAUGGGCUUAUAAUGGCGAAGACAUAUCUUGAUGUCUACCCAGAAACAAAGCUGGUCCUAUUGGAGUCGGCUGAAUCCAUUGGGGGAACUUGGUCUGAGGGCCGGCUCUACCCAGGUCUGAAGUCCAACAAUCUUGUUGGGUCCUAUGAAUACAGUGACUUUCCCCUGGACAAGUUCUCCCUCGGCAUCAAAGCUGGAGAGCAUAUCCCGGGUGCCAAACUACAUCAAUAUCUCCAGCAGUUCUCGACCAAAUUUGAUCUAACAAGAAGAACCAAAGUCAAUGCUGCAGUUGAGGAGGUUGAAAGACUUCUCAAUGACAAGUGGAAAAUCACUAUCAAGCUCCAAGACAAGGGUACGGAGCAAGUCAUCGCGGACAAGCUGGUCCUUGCCACUGGCUUGACCAACCAUCCUUUUGUCCCGACUUUCCCUGGACAAGAAGAUUUCCAGGCCCCGUUAUUCCAUGUGAAGUAUCUGAAAGAUGAGGCAGAUAAGCUGAUCCAAUCGUCCAAGAAUGUCGUUAUUCUAGGAGGAUCGAAAUCUGCCUAUGAUGCAGCCUAUGCCUUCGCGACUCAGGGCCUGACCGUCGAUUGGAUUAUCCGAGAGUCUGGACAUGGCACAAACUAUAUGUCUCCACCAUACGUAACACCGUUGAAGAAACGCCUCGAAGGCCUGGUUGGUGUGCGUUUCUUGACCUGGUUCUCUCCGUGCAUUUGGGGCGACGAGGACGGCUUCUCCUGGAUACGACGCUUCCUUCACGGCACUCGAGUAGGCAGAUUCAUCGUCGAUAGCUUCUGGAAAGUCUUGACCAGCGAUGUGAUCGAUCUAUCUGGGUACGAUAAGCAUCCAGAGACCGCCAAGUUGAAACCGAAGCUUUCGGCUUUCUGGCAUGCCUCGUCCCUAGGGAUCUUCAAUUACACCUCGGAUUUCUUUGCACUCGUACGCGAUGGGACUAUCAAGGUCCACAUUUCGGACAUUGAUCAUCUCUCCAAUCACACCGUUCACCUAUCCAAUGGAUCCGUCGUGACCGGUGACGCCCUGAUUUGUUCGACUGGUUGGCACCACCGCCCAGCUAUCAAGUUCCUCCCUGCUGGAAUUGACGCAGAACUCGGCCUCCCCAGCAGAACCAGCGAGUCUGAAGCGCAACUUGUGAAGCGAGCUGAAAAGGAGAUCCUGGCCCGGUUUCCACGCCUGCUAGAUCAACCAAGUGUGCUACAACGAUACAAACCCCUCGAUUCAAACGAUGGUGAAUCAGCUGUGGCAGAACGCCCCUAUCGCUUAUAUCGCUUCAUGGUACCUGCCGAAAGCAUCCCUAAGCCAUCGAUAGCGUUUCUCGGGAUCGUCUUGACGAUAAAUACCGUCUGUGUUGCAGAAGUUCAGUCGCUCUGGAUCACCGCCUUUCUCAAUGGCCGCCUUCUCGCACAGCACGCAGUUGACCCAUCAAAGCCGGCACGACAGAACCUUCACCCUGAUGCGGUGGCUUACGAGACCAUUCUACAAACCCAGUUCGGCAAAUGGCGCUACCCUGGUGCGUUUGGAAAGCGGCACCCAGAUUUCGUCUUUGAUGCUGUGCCUUAUAUGGACAUGAUGCUGAAAGACCUGGGACUAAGAUACAGGAGGAAGAAUGGUUGGUGGGCUGAGGUUUUUCAUCCUUACGGACCGGAGGAUUAUAUUGGUUUGGUCGAUGAAUGGCGGAUCAAGGACACUCAAACCAAAGCAAAGCGGAGUUAA